AUGGACACAACACCACUCGAUUCUUAUAUUCCAAGCCACUGGUCCUUUAUGCCCUCCAGUACACAACAUAAACGUUUUUCGUUGGUAAAAUGGUCGAAUGAGUUCAAAGAGGUGGAACAACUGUUCAGAAAAUCGAUGAAGAACCACAUAGUGAUCAAAAAAAUUGACCGUGUGCAGAACCCGUUCAUGUGGGAAACAUAUUGCAGGAACAAAGAAAACAAGACAAAAAUAGCUAAUGGUGAUCAGCUCAAGGUCAAUGAAAAACGAUUGUUUCACGGAACCAGUCCAGACGCCGUGGAGGCCAUCUGCAAAGAGAAUUUCGAUUGGCGUCUAAACGGCAAGAACGGGAACUUAUACGGUGAUGGAUGCUACUUUGCAGUGGAAGCAUCUUACAGCCACAGAUAUGCAAAAGAGGACGCCAGUAAGUCGCGAAUCAUGUUCUUGGCCAAAGUUCUUGUAGGUUCGUACAUAGAGGGUAACUCCAGCUUUCGAAGACCACCGCCGAAACAACCGUCAGCGAAUCAAGUCAGUGACCUCUACGACUCCUGUGUGGAUGAUGUGUCAAAUCCAAAGAUCUUUGUCGUCUUCGACAAAAAUCAGUUCUACCCAGAGUACGUCAUCCAGUAUCGCACUUCUUAG